AUGGAGCUGCCAUAUUUUCAUGGAAAUAUAACAAAAGAAAGUUGUGAAGAAGUACUGAUCCAAAAAGGAAAGAAUGGAUGUUUUUUAUUACGAGACAGCCAGAGCAUACCAGGAGUCUUGUGCCUUUGUGUGCUCUAUGAACAGCUUGUCUAUACUUACAGAAUAUUCAGGAAACGUAAUGGACAUUAUAUGAUUCAGACUUCUGAAAGAGGCCCAAGACAAGACUUCAGAACUUUAAAGGAUUUAGUUGCUAACUACGAAAAACCCAAUCAAGGACUAGUAAUCCAUCUGUGCUAUCCAGUAAAUAGAUCUACAUUCCACCAGGGACCUCAGCAUAGCCAUAAUCCAAGAGAUUAUGUUGACACUGAAGAUGGAGAUUAUAUUGAUGUUGUACCUGAAUAA